GUGUCGGUGCCGCUGGAGCGGAGAGUCUGUGCCUCGGGCUCGGCGGCGGCAGGCUGUAGGAUCCAGCUAUGUCCUUCAUAUUUAACUGGAUAUACAGUGGCUUCAGUAGUGUGUUACAGUUCUUAGGGCUGUACAAGAAGUCUGGCAAGCUGGUGUUCCUUGGCCUGGACAAUGCUGGCAAAACCACCCUGCUGCACAUGCUCAAGGAUGACAGACUGGGACAGCACGUGCCCACCUUGCACCCCACCUCAGAAGAGCUGACAAUUGCUGGCAUGACUUUCACUACCUUUGAUCUGGGUGGACAUGCUCAAGCUCGCAGAGUGUGGAAGAACUACCUGCCUGCAAUCAAUGGCAUCGUGUUCUUGGUGGACUGUGCAGAUCAUGAAAGGUUGCUUGAGUCAAAAGAAGAACUUGAUUCACUAAUGACAGAUGAGACCAUUGCUAAUGUGCCUAUCCUGAUUCUGGGAAACAAGAUCGACAGGCCUGAGGCCAUCAGCGAGGAGAGGCUACGGGAGACCUUUGGGCUGUACGGCCAGACCACAGGGAAGGGCAGCGUCCCCCUGAAGGAGCUGAACGCCAGGCCGCUGGAGGUGUUCAUGUGCAGCGUGCUCAAGAGGCAAGGCUACGGAGAGGGCUUCCGCUGGCUGGCGCAGUACAUCGAUUAACGCCAGCCCCCUCAGGACCACCUGUGCCCUCUCUGAACCUUCAGCCUGCUCCUGACCUGGUCACUCAGUGUGUGUUCCUUGGAUUCAUUUGACUGGUUAGUUGCAUAAACCCAAAUCGAUUAGAGCCACCCACUUGUAGCUAACGCUAUCGCCCACGCUAGGUGCGAGCCUGAGGACUGACAGCAACUGCAGUCUGUGAGCUUGCCACAGCCUGGGAGCUUCCUGCUCCCUUGCAGCCUUCUUUUGCAGCUCUGGCUUUAACCAGUCUCUGGCACCGCUUUGGGUCAGAGCAACUUUCCAGUACAGUAUGUUUUGAAUGCACUUUUUAACAGCUUACAAACAUGGGGGGGAAGAAAAGGCAAA